AUGCUGCAACAUAGCGAGAACCUUUCAAUAUCCUCAACUGUUCAUAGUGAUCCACAAGAUAGAAUUUCACCUGAUUCAGUUAUUCAAGCAACUGCUGAAGCUUUCUUACAGGGGAAACCACAAAGAUUAGACCCAUCAUUGGCAGAGCCAUUGACUUCGGAUGGAGCACACGUCUAUGUGAAUCAUGAAGGACAACAUGACUCCAUUGAGCUUAAGGGGUCUCCUUCCAGAUCGGUCCUGGAGGAAAGUGAUUGGAAUAAGGCUCGGGACCUGCUUAGGACAGAAGCACGGGUAGAUGUUGAGCUAAUAAGUUCAAGCACAAGAGGAUUUGCUGUAUCUUUCGAUUCUUUGAUCCGAUUUUUUCCCUGCCGGAACCUUGCAGCAAAAUGGAAGUUCCUAGCUUUUGAAUCGUGGUUGAGAAGAAAGGGCAUAGACCUAUCAUUAUAUCGACAAAAUCUUGGAGUGGUUGGAGUUCUUGAUGGCACUAGUAAAAGUCCACUCCCAGUUUCAAGCCUCGAUCCUGAAGUUGAUAAGACGAUCAGAGGAAACAUCUCUCCUGAUAUGAAGCUGGAAGAUCUUCUUAUGAUCUAUGACAAAGAGAAACAAAAGUUCUUGUCAUCUUUUGUUGGCCAGAAAAUCAAAGUUACUGUGGUCAUGGUUAAUAGAAAUUCGAGGAAGCUUAUAUUUUCCAUGAGGCCCAGGGAAAACGAAGAGGAAGUUGAGAAAAAACGAAGUCUUAUGGCUAAGCUUCGUGUAGGGGAUGUUGUGAAAUGUUGCAUCAAGAAAAUUACUUACUUUGGGAUAUUCUGUGAAGUUGAAGGUGUCCCUGCACUGAUCCACCAGUCAGAAGUUUCAUGGGAUGCCACUUUAGAUCCUGCAUCAUAUUUCAAGAUUGGUCAGAUUGUUGAUGCAAAGGUGCACCAGUUAGAUUUUACACUUGAACGGAUAUUCUUAUCACUGAAAGAAAUCACGCCUGAUCCUCUAGCUGAAUCCUUAGAGUCUGUAGUCGGAGAUUAUGACAGUUUAGAUGGAAGGCUACAAGCAGCAGAACUAGACACCGAGUGGCCUGAUGUGGAAUCCCUUAUCAAAGAGUUGGAAAUGGUCGAAGGAGUUCGGUCAGUCUCGAGAGGUCGUUUCUUCUUGAGCCCGGACCUUGCUCCAACAUUUCAGGUUUACAUGGCAUCCAUGUUCGAGAGCCAAUACAAACUACUCGCCCGAGCUGGAAACAAAGUACAAGAGCUGCUUGUUGAAUCAUCAUUGAACAAGGAAGAGAUGAAAUCUACGAUUAUGUCAUGCACAAACAGAAUACAGUGAAGCUUCCAUUUUUAAGAUGAAAUCUACGAUUAUGUCAUGCACAAACAGAGUACAAUGAAGCUUCCAUUUUUAAGAUAAAGCCCCAUUGAUACACAAAGACCCAUUUUUUAUUGUGCGACUAUCUUUGACACCCAGAAGGAAAGUUUACACAUCGUCUUAUCUGUAUUUUAUUUUUCUAACUUUUUCUGGGGAGUUACGUGAAAAAACAAGAAAUGACAAAUGGAACAAACAAUUUUGUAAUCAAAUGGAUCAAUGUUAUUAGUUGUAAGAUUGUAUUUACUUGUUCUUGUGGAUUUCAUUUCUGUUUUCUUGAUUCAUAUGUAAUCUCAGUCUGUCUUACCAUGUCCUCUAGUCUUCCUCUUACUUACAGUUCUCUGUCAUAUAACCUGGACUACGAUCUCCUGCCCUCGUCUGAAAAGCUUCAUUCUUCUCGAAGUUAACUCUACCACGAGAGAAUCCCGACACUAUCCUUAGAAAUCCCGCUUAUGAUUUGAAGUUGAACCAACCCCUAUGACUCUAAGGUUUCUAGAGAAAUUAGAUCUCUCCUAAGUUCUGUUACAUAGGAAAGUAAAUGCACCAAACCAUCGUGGGAUACUAGUCGGAUAGUUCCUAAGCCCUCUACCCUACAUUGGACAUUAUUCGGUAACUUAACCAUGUCCCUCGUACACUCUUCUAAGUCUAUGAACCACCUCUCCUAGGGGUCAUGCGUCUAACCAUGUCCCUCGUAUACUCUUCUAAGUCUAUGAACCACUCUCCUAGGGGUCAUGCGCCUAUCCUCUAAAUCCUUCAAGUAUGGUCCAUGAUCGAUGGAACCUCACAUUAAACGAGCGGUACAUCUAUGUACUACACGUCGCCUCUCGCGACCGAUGCUAUGCCUAUACCUCCCACCUCUCCAUCCUCUCUCCUACCUCUCUUCCUAGUAGACCGACACUCUUUGUUAUAGUGUCCAUCCUUCCCACAAUGACCAACACCGUGUUGUCUCUAGACUUCCCUACCAUGAAUUAUAACUUAUAAGUCCCUCCACCGCAAACCUAUCCACUCUUCUCUAAGCUAUGAGUUCUUUCAUCGCUUGUAAAUAGGAAGCAACUAUGAGUUAGGAGCUUUUUAGCCGUGAUAGAUGUCCUAGAAUAUUUCAAAACUUUCCUCAAUUGUUUGUAAAUAGAAAGCUUAGAGCUCAACAGAUAUACUACUUGAUAUUUUUCCUCAACAUUCACCUUAAGGUUCUAGAGACCUAACAAUAGUUUCAAGAAAACAUCCAAGUUUUCCACUUUCGACUUAUUCUCCUCGACCCUGAAGUUCAAAACUCUCUGCGUAGGUAUGAUAUGUUAGGGAGGGAUUGCUCCUCAAGUAUAACUUCUCGAGCUUUCUCCAGAUCUCAAAAAUCGUCUUUUCAUCUAAGACCUUCUGGAGAAUCUGGUGAGCAAGACAAUAAUAUAAGACUCCUAACCCUAACCCUAUGACUCCUGAUGAGGGCAGUAUGAGGGAUGUCUACUAAAGAUGUGCUAGGAGACAAUCGUGGAGAAGAACCUGAAGAUUGAUGUACCGAUGACUAGAGCGAAGAUCAAGAGGAUGGAAACAAUGUUCAUACGCAUGGUCACGGAAAAGCUAAGGCAUCGAGGCGAAAGGAAAAGCGAGAAAACGGAAGAUGGAGGAUGGGCUUUUUGCUAUGAGCCAACCAUUCAAUCGAUCAUGCUUCGCGGAUCGACCAAUCGUCCCUUCUGAGAGUGCCUCUAUUUGGUCCGAGAGUUCGAUCGACCGAUCACUACCCAAAACAUUUGUCGACUUUUGUUUAGAGAGUUUGAUCGACCGAUCUGUGACAGCCCAGGAUACCGUAGGAGGGCGGGGAGUGAUCGCCGGUGCGAGAGGCAUGGACAAUGGGCGGCUCCUGACGAGCGGGUAGGGAGUACAGGGAUGAAGCGGACGCACCGGAAUGAGAGGGAUCCGAGGGCUGUAUAGGUAUGGGACAACACAGUC